AUGGCUUAUCCGACAGCGCCGCCUUUGCUGCUCACACGUCGCCUCUCCUCCUUCCUGCAUGCGAGUCUCGAAUCCCUCCAAGAACACAAGGACCAGCAGACAGCAAGCGCCACACUGCAAACUGCCCUGUUAGUCACGCCGUCUGGCAACCUGCUCGCAUACGAUUCGCCUCUGCCGGUGCGCACAUUGCGUACACACUGCUCCGUUGCGGCAUCUCUUUGGACAAUUCAUGCGUCGUCGUCUCCCUCUGUUGCCGUGGCCCUCGGACAGACAGCGCCCGUGACCAAACCGCCACCCGCACCUCUGUCGUCGCCUUCCCUUCUACCCUCAAGUUCCACCGGAGACAUUGCCAGCCCGGUUGGAGAAGAUCAUGAGGAGGAUCGAUAUCAUGAUGGCAGUUCUCCUCGGUCACGGAUCUCGUCCCUCGACAGCAGUCGAUCCAGCGGGUACACUAUCCGUGAUCGAUCCCACACGACCCUCACCUACGCCAAAUCACUCUACAUUCACCACAACACAGUCAUCUUUGCUGCCACAGUCCACGCUUCCAAGAUCGGCCCCACCACUAUUGCGUGUGGCAACAGCAACAUCUCAGAGCCACGCUUCAGUUUCGUCGGCACCUUCAUCGUCAGACUCGCCUACGCCUAUCAGCAUGCCACUACAGCAGAUACCCGAUGGAGCUGGAAGCUUAGUACCUGCCAUGGUCGUGACGUGGUCCAGAGCAGAGACACAGACCGCGCCGCAAACGCCGACGCGGCAUCCAUGACGACCACGGGGACGACGACCACAACAGUUGGUGGCAGCAAAAAGGGGUCUGUCGCGGUAACCCUGGCGAUUGCACGACGGCAAGUGGACGAGCUGGCGCGCCUACUGGACGAAAAACUCGGCUCACUGUCUGUGCCCGAAGAUAAUAUAGGCAUUAACGGAUUCUGCUGA